AAAAGGCGAGAAAUUCCCAAUCUUUCUUCGUUCAUGCGAGUCCUAGAAACACAGUGAGACUUGCAGAGGGUUCAAACGGUGUAGGAGAAAAUAAUUAGGGUAAAAUAAGCAACAUAAGAAUAGUACAGGGUUUACAUUGAAAUUAUUGUUUUCAAUCCUAAACCGGUCCGGUAAAAUCGGUUUUAUAUGGUCCAGUACGUUCUCCGGUUAUUUCGGUUUUUGUUUAAAAGAGCAGUCUUUUUUUUUUGUUCUUUCUAGGUUGCCUUCAAGUCGUUUGAUCUUUCCGGGAACCACCGUUGAAACGCCGACGAAUUAGAGCUGGCCAGCUGGCGACGCAAAGUCCUGUCUUUUCAGGGCGGCGAUUCUCGUUUGCUCAGUAGGUUUGUCUCCCGCCAUUCCAACACGCGACGUUUCUCGACAUUGCAAUGUCUGGAAAGAGUGGAAGAAGAAGAAGGAAAAAAAGUUAUCAGAUGGAGUGGAUGUUUCUCGCUCUCAGACCAUUGGAACCCGGAAUUAUCUUGUUUCGAUCAAACUGGUUUCUCUCAAAUCACUAGAGAAACUACGGGAAGAGCUCUGCACGCGCUUUGUGUCAAGGGAUUGGUUCGUCUGAGUGUGCUGCACACUAACACUUUGAUUAACAUGUACACCAAGUUUGGUCGAGUCAAACCUGCACGCUACCUGUUCGAUAAAAUGCCUGUGAGAAACGAAGUCUCUUGGAAUACCAUGAUGUCUGGGAUAGUCCGUGUUGGAUUGUAUCUGGAAGGAAUGGAAUUUUUCCAGAAGAUGUGUGAUCUUGGUAUCAAGCCAAGUAGCUUUGUGAUUGCUAGUUUAGUUACAGCUUGUGGUCGGUCUGGUUCUAUGUUCAGAGAAGGGGUUCAAGUUCACGGCUUUGUGGCUAAGUCUGGUUUGCUGUCUGAUGUUUACGUCAGUACUGCUAUUUUGCAUCUCUAUGGGGUUUAUGGAUUGGUUUCGUGUUCAAGGAAGGUUUUUGAGGAGAUGCCUGACCGAAACGUGGUGUCUUGGACUUCAUUGAUGGUUGGUUACUCGGAUAAGGGUGAGCCAGAGGAAGUCAUUGAUAUCUAUAAAAGUAUGAGAGGAGAAGGAGUUGAGUGUAAUGAAAAUUCCAUGUCUUUGGUAAUCAGUUCCUGCGGAUUGCUUAAAGAUGAAUCAUUGGGUCGUCAAAUUAUUGGACAGGUUAUCAAAUCGGGGCUGGAGAGUAAGCUGGCAGUGGAGAAUUCGCUCAUAUCCAUGUUUGGUAAUAUGGGAAAUGUAGACUAUGCAAAUUACAUUUUUAAUCAAAUAUCCGAACGGGACACAAUUUCAUGGAACUCGAUUGUUGCGGCAUAUGCACAGAAUGGUCAUAUCGAGGAAUCAUCUAGGAUUUUCAAUUUGAUGCGUCGUUUUCAUGAUGAAGUGAACUCCACCACUGUGUCUACUCUGUUAUCAGUUUUGGGUGAUGUAGAUCACCAAAAAUGGGGUAGAGGAAUUCAUGGUUUGGUGGUUAAAAUGGGGUUUGAUUCGGUUGUUUGUGUGUGCAAUACUCUUUUGAGAAUGUAUGCAGGCGCGGGAAGAUCAGAAGAGGCAGAUUUGGUGUUCAAACAAAUGCCCACUAAAGAUUUGAUCUCAUGGAACUCUUUGAUGGCUUCUUUUGUCAACGAUGGGAGGAGCUUAGAUGCUUUAGGAAUUCUUUGUUCAAUGAUAAGGACUGGAAAAUCAGUGAACUAUGUGACUUUUACAAGCGCAUUGGCUGCUUGCUUUAGUCCUGAAUUUUUCGAUAAGGGCAGGAUCCUUCAUGGACUUGUAGUGGUCAGCGGUUUAUUUGACAAUCAGAUUAUUGGUAAUGCAUUGGUUUCUAUGUACGGAAAGAUAGGUGGGAUGAGCACAUCCAGACGGGUACUAUUACAGAUGCCUAGACGAGAUGUAGUAGCUUGGAAUGCUCUUAUUGGUGGCUAUGCUGAGAAUGAAGAUCCCGACAAGGCACUGGCGGCUUUUCAAACUCUGCGAGUGGAAGGUGUUUCUGCAAAUUAUAUCACAGUGGUAAGUGUUCUUAGUGCUUGCUUAGUGCCCGGGGAUUUGCUUGAACGGGGGAAACCAUUACACGCUUAUAUAGUUUCUGCUGGAUUUGAAUCGGAUGAACACGUGAAAAACUCGCUUAUCACUAUGUACGCAAAAUGUGGUGAUCUAAGCUCGAGUCAGGACCUAUUUAACGGAUUAGAUAAUAGGAGUAUCAUCACCUGGAAUGCUAUUCUUGCGGCAAAUGCUCAUCACGGUCAUGGAGAAGAGGUGCUAAAACUUGUAUCAAAGAUGAGAAGCUUUGGGUUGAGUCUAGACCAGUUUAGUUUCUCUGAGGGGCUUUCUGCCGCUGCGAAGCUAGCUGUCCUAGAGGAAGGCCAACAACUUCAUGGCUUAGCUGUAAAACUCGGGUUUGAACUUGAUUGUUUCAUCUUUAACGCUGCUGCAGACAUGUAUAGCAAAUGCGGGGAAAUAGGCGAAGUGGUGAAAAUGCUUCCUCCAUCAGUCAAUCGAUCACUCCCCUCAUGGAACAUACUAAUAUCAGCUUUGGGAAGACACGGGUACUUCGAGGAAGUUUGUGAGACUUUUCAUGAGAUGCUUGAAAUGGGAAUCAAGCCGGGCCAUGUCACAUUUGUCUCUCUUCUUACAGCAUGCAGCCACGGGGGAUUAGUAGACCAAGGCCUUGCGUAUUAUGACAUGAUUGCUAAAGAUUUUGGAUUAGAACCGGCGAUUGAACAUUGCAUCUGUGUAAUUGAUCUUCUUGGAAGAUCAGGGAGGUUAGCCGAAGCUGAAACCUUUAUAUCGAAAAUGCCAAUGAAACCAAACGACCUCGUGUGGCGUAGUUUGUUAGCUUCCUGCAAAAUCCACAGGGAUUUAGACCGCGGAAGAAAAGCAGCGGAAAAUCUCUCGAAGUUAGAACCAGAGGAUGAUUCUGUUUUUGUCUUGUCCUCAAAUAUGUUUGCAACAACAGGCAGAUGGGAAGAUGUAGAGAAUGUGAGAAAGCAAAUGGGUUUCAAGAACAUCAAGAAGAAACAAGCUUGCAGUUGGGUGAAACUAAAAGACAAAGUGAGUUCGUUUGGUAUUGGAGACAGAACUCAUCCACAAACAAUGGAGAUAUACGCAAAGCUAGAAGACAUCAAGAAGUUGAUAAAAGAAUCUGGGUAUGUCGCAGAUACUAGUCAGGCUUUGCAAGACACAGAUGAAGAACAAAAAGAGCACAAUCUUUGGAACCACAGCGAAAGACUCGCUCUUGCUUAUGCGCUGAUGAGUACUCCUGAAGGUUCUACGGUUAGAAUCUUCAAGAACCUUCGCAUAUGCAGUGAUUGUCACUCUGUUUACAAGUUUGUUAGUAGAGUCAUCGGACGUAGAAUCGUGCUAAGAGACCAGUAUCGGUUUCACCAUUUUGAGAGUGGUUUGUGUUCUUGUAAGGAUUACUGGUGAAAGAAGAGGAAGCUCGAUUACGACUCUGUACAGUUGCUAGCUGACAAAGUUUCGUUAUAGGAUUCUUUGGUUAAGGUUUUGGGUUUCAACAGUUUUGGAACAUUACUCCAUGAUUCUGUUUGUAGACAGUUAUUCUGUUGUAAGAAAUGGAAUAAAAUUGGUUUUAGAA